GCCCAGGCAGAAACGUUCACAGGACUCUUUUCAGCCUAUAACUAGAUGCAUGCACCUGACAUCCAGUCUAUAUGGGAGGCUGAGAUUGGGAGGAUUGCAGUUCCCAGACAGUCCAGACAGAAAGUCUGCAGGACUUCAUCUCUGCUGAGAGAAACGGGGCAUGGUGGUACUUGCCUGUGAUCCCAGCAAUGCCAGGAAGCCAGGCAGAGCUCUGAUGAUCAUGUAUGUGCCUAGUGGGAAGUAACACUGACUCAAAGUUGCUUUCAAAGCAGCUACUUUCUUCAAGCCUGCUAAACAAUUCUACUCUGCAACAUUAUAUUAGUUUGCCAUUUGUCUAAUGAGAAUCAUAAAAGUGAGGGCAGGCACCUGUUUAUAAAAUUUAACAUUGAUUUUUCCCUUUUUGUACAUAUGCUCAGACAUAAUUGUGAUGGUCUUUUAGAAAUAUAGAAAAUACAUUAAAUAGGCUGAUGAGCCCCUAAACUAAAUAAAUAACCAGUGAAACAACAGGACUAGAGGUGUUGCUCAGUGGUCGAGUAUCAGCAAGCAUGAGGCCCUGAAUUCAAACCCUAAUACCACACACACACACAAAGAAGGUGGAUCAUUGACUUCUUGACCAUCAAAGGAAGGGAUUGGGAAAAUUAAGUAAUGCUAAGGGUAAAGCUCAUUGUAGUAGAGCAUUUGCUGAACCCCUGGAUGCAAUUCUCAGCACUAUACACAUAAACACAAAGCAACCAACUUUUUGGGGGGGUUUGAACUCAGCCUCAUGCUUGCUAGGUAGGCCCUCUUGCCACUUAGGCCACAUCACUAGCAAAAACAUGACUUUUAUUUGCCAGGAUCCAUUAGGAAGACAGCCAGAAGGAUCCCAAGUCUGGCCAGGUCAAUUUAGACAUCAAAAAAUAGACCAGGGCUGAGGAUUAUCUCAGGGGUAAAGAGUACUUGCUCAGUACACAUAAGGUCCUGGGUUAAUUCUUAGUACCACACACAAGAAAAAAAAAAAGAAAUCUGUAUGGUAUUCUAGACAGACGAGCAAGGAGAGGUACGACAUCUGCUGUUUGGAAGAUAACUGCUUGGUAUAGUAUAAUAGUGAACAGGACUUGUAUCUUCAUGUUCAGGUCACAAAACUUGUAGGUGAGGCUGUCCCCUUUAAGACUCAGAGACUGAGGUGAUCUGGUAGCUACUGAGUCAUAAUGACAACACACUUGAGUAAUUGUUAGAAAUGUAGUCCUUACCUGCCUGGACCAGAUGUACUAAGGAGCAGAGCCUAUCUCUGGUUGGUGAGAGUGUGUAUAGAAAGGGUUUAUAAACCUUAAAACCUUAAAUGUUCCUGCUCUAGAUAAGAGACUAGUAAUGUUUAUUUUGGGCUUUUCUGUCUUAGGAGCAUAGAAAGGGGAUACUUUUUUGAAAUGACGUAUGUAUUCAGGGGAUAAUUUUAUGGAAAUGAAGUUUUAUGUAUUUAGUCCUAUUUCUAAAUCUCAGAGAAUGGAGGGGAGAAGAUGGUUGACCCAAUAACACCUUUGAAGCCCAUUGUUAGUAUAAAUUCAUCCUCUGAAAACAGUGCCUGUAGCCUAUAUGGAGACAUUACUUUGGGGCUAUGUUCAGGCUUUUCAUAAAUCCAAGAUUCCUGGGCAGUCAGUGAUGUGAACUUGAGAUGCAAACAGAUAUGAACUUGAAAAUCUGGAAGCAGAGUGGUAGUGAAGCCCACCACUAUGUGGGCUAGGCACAUAUAGCAUCAUAUGUAAGGCCUUCUGCAUAGAUGAUUGCUCUUCAAAGGAAAGGAGCCAAACUGAUUGGUAUCUGUCACUGCAGGAGAUGCUGGUGUGGAAAUGGACAUACUAGCGGACCUUGAAACCCUAAAGUUUGAGUAUGGGAUUCCAGAGGAAGAGCGUUUCUGGCUGUAUUUGCAGAGCCGUUCUCGGGGACUGCUACUUGAGGCCUGUGCUCAUGCAGUCUUCCUCUGCAAACUGUUACGUCAUUUGAGAAUGAUGUUGAAUGUGGCACAGGGUUCUGAACGUCCCUCCUCCGGACCAUCGAAUUCAGAUCCGGAUCCUGCUAGCAGUGAGUUCAAGGUGGGAAUCAUUGGAGGUGGCCGCCUUGGGAAGCAGCUGGCUUGGUCACUGCUGCAGCUUGUCCCCAUCCCUGCAGAGAACCUUCGGAUCUCCACACGGAGGCCAGACAUCCUGGAAGUUCUCCAGAAACGGGGGAUCCAGUGCUUUUACCAUAACUCUCACCUGGUGGGCUGGGCCAACGUGGUAUUCCUCUGUUGCUUGCCAUCACAGCUGCCUAAUAUCUGCUUAGAAAUUCAAGCAAGUGUUGAGAAGAACUGCAUCGUGCACAGCUUUGCAUCUGCUAUCCCCCUGCCCAGAUUGAGACUACUACUGAACAACCACACCAGUAUCUUACGGCCUAUGUAUUACUGUGUUGAGGAUACUGACCAUAUCUGGGGGACCAAUAAGGACAUACCAACUGCUCUCCAAGAUCCUGUGAUUCUUCAGGCUACCUCCCCCUUCAGUUCCAGAGGGGGAAUAACCCUCAAUAUCAAAUGGUUGGAGGGAGUAUUGUAUGCAAUCCUAAAUGUCUGCACUGAAAGAAACGUUUUCUACCCAAAAGCACUGGAGAUGCUGAACAAACUAUUUUUCAUGGCACAGUCUGGAGACUCAGAGAAAGAGCAAGCAUCUUGCCCAAGUUUUCAGCUAAAACAUUUUGUCAACCAAAUCUAUGUCAGGAACUUGUUUCACAGAAGGCCUCUCCCCUGGUUUGAUUUGACUACUGUACAACUCAAGGACACUCCUUUGAGCCAGCAUCUCUCAGCUAGUCCUGCUCUCCAGGACCACCUUAACUACGUAUACUGCAAAGCAUUUGGCAUCUCCGUAACCAAACAACAGCCAGUGGUUACCACGGACUCUUCCUCCCAACAAGGCACCUCAAGAUCAUGAUCUUAUUCUCAGAUUGGCUGAGCAGGACUUAUUCCCUGAAAGUCACAGUCAACAGGGGGAACUCAUGUAACUAUAGUGUGUUUGAAAACUGUACUAAUGGCUCUUUGAAGAGUAAAAUUAAAGCAAGAGGUCCUAAACAUCAA